UUCUCGCUUCACCGAUUCACCCUCUUGCUCUCUCCGCCAAUAUCCCCCGGCGUCUCGCUCCUAUCUCCGGUCUCCGGCGGCUCCGGCGCCGCUGCUAAUCCUUCGUUGUGCUGCUGUAGACCUUGCAGUGGGACGUCCUCAGCGCCGCCGUGGGGGUCCUGCGUGCGCCUCCCCGCACCUCGACGGCCUCCUCUGCGGCUACCCCGACCUAGCUCGUCGCCAGUCGAUACGCCUCGCGGAUUGAUAGAGAAGGACAAGGCGACUCCGUAGACGCCCAGUCCCCACGCGCGGCCGCGCCAUGGGCGCCGAGGCCACCCAGAUCAGCGCCUUCGCCGCCGCAGCCGCCCACGCGCUCUGCUUCGCGGGCCUCGCUGCCGCUCACUCCUUCGCUGGCCGCGGCGCCCUCAUCUCCGACCCCGCCCUCGCCCUCCGUCUCCUCGUGGUCUGUGAGGCGCCGCUUGUCAUCGUGGUGUUCAGUUUGCUCCGGCGAGAUCCCGAGCGCUGCUCGCUCAUUAAGGCGGCUGCACGUGGAUUGCUUGGCCUGCCCAUAGGAGCAUUCCUAAAUGCAUUUGGUGCGAUUGUUCUUGGGGCACCUGUUGGAAUCAAGUAUUGGACAGCAACAACCUAUUGGUCGCUUCUUAUGUCAUUGUUCACAUUUGUUCCCGCAGCAUGUGUGUUCGGAGCUUCCAAAGUCGAUUGGCAGAAUGUGCUUUCAUAUUCCGCGGUUUUUUUGUUUUCGCAUGCCAGUUAUUGCACAUCGUCCAAUGUUGUGGACUGCAUGAUCUCUGUACCAUCUCAUGGAGCUGUCAUAGGAGCAUGGCUCGGUGCUUGGCCUAUGCCCCUUGACUGGGAGAGACCUUGGCAGGAAUGGCCAAUAUGUGUCACUUAUGGUGCGGUUGCUGGGCAUUUGAUUGGCAUGCUAGUAUCUCUGAUCCUUAUAGUUGCUCACAAGAGAAGAGUUCGUGUCAAAGCUGACUAGCCUAUGGAUGAUGAGUGCCCUUCUUCCUUUUCAUCUUUCAGUAAUGAUUUAUCGAUAUUAUACUGUACAUUAUCUUUACCUCUUUCCAAAAAAAAUAUGUACUUGUUGAUUAGAUUCCCUGUUGAGGGAUGUGCUGAUGCCUUCCAAUAGUUUCAUCCAGGUGAUACAUUAUUGGCACCCAGUUUUCCUUUUUGACAGCUAUAGAUUAUUUUCUUAGUGUAAUUUGAAUGGUUGUCAUUUGUUUUUUUUUAUAGUGAGCAAAGAUGGUGUUUGCUUUGUUGA